CUCACCAACAGCAACAUGCGCUUCUAUCUGGUCCUCGUCGUGGCGCUGGCGGCGUUCGCCUGCCUGAUGCAGCAGGCUUCCGCCCACUACGGAGGCGGCUACGGCGGCUACGGCGGCUACGGAGGCUACGACGGCGGCUACCGCCACCACGAGCCCAUCCCGCAGAAGCCCUGCGAGCCCGCACAGCAGCCGCAGCCGCAGCCGCCCUCCAACAACACCGACACCACCACGCCCAGCAAGGUCGACGACCUGAGCAACAAGGUGAACGAGCUCCAGGCGAAGCUCGACGAGAUCCUCAACGCCGUCAAGAGCAAAGCCUAACCGACGUCACUCACUCGCAAUUAACAUCCUGCAAACGUAAUGACCGCUUUCGCACUUUGUAUCCCUCUCCCAUAAGCCUAAAUAACUCAUUUGUUAUCACUCAUACAUAAUAAACAACCUGCAAAAUA